AUGUCAACCUCACAGCACUCGAAGGAGCCUAUCGCCAUCAUUGGCAUUGCCUGCCGACUUCCUGGCGGAAACACUAACCUUCAUAAACUCUGGGAGUUCCUCAAGAGGGGAGGUAUUGCCUCGAACAAAGUUCCUGAAUCCAGGUUCAACAUUGACGGCCACUGGGAUGGCUCCCAAAAGCCUCGCACAAUGCGGCCGUUGGGAGGCAUGUUUCUUGAGGAGAUUGAUCCUGCUGACUUUGACGCAUCCUUCUUUGAGAUAUCAAAGACGGAAGCCAUUUCUAUGGACCCCAACCAACGGCAAAUGCUCGAAGUAGUUUAUGAGGGACUUGAGAACGCUGGAAUCCCCCUGGAAUCUCUGGAUGGUGCUCCAGUUGGUUGUUUUGUUGGAUCCUACGCAUCAGACUAUGGUGAUAUGCAGGCCAGAGACCCUGAAGAUCGGCCCGCUGCCAUUACCGUUGGUGUUGGAAGAUCGAUCAUGGCCAACCGCUUAAGUCACUUUUUGAACAUCAAGGGGCCCAGGCAAGAAUCAUGA